CGGCUCUGCAGGGACAUGCACAGCAUCCUGUAUCAUGGCCUCAUCCUAGACAAGGUGCAUUGCCAGAAGACGGACUACUGGCAAUUUGUGAAGGAUGUGCAUAGGCUGAGCCCCCACGCGGCCCAUCAUGUGGAGAAGUUCCUCCACCUUCACGAGAACGGGCAGCAGAAUCCCGACAAGGCCAGAGAGCGAACGGUCGCCGAGCUCUGGCUUCAGCACAGCUUGCAAUUCCACUGCCUUUCAGCUCAGCUGAAGCCUCUGCUGGAGAACAAGCAGUAUAUCAGGAAAUUCUACACAGGUAAGAAUUCUGGGCAGAAUUUUCCAUUUGCCAGGAAAGGCGAAGCCUCCGAGUCCCGGACGAAGAGCCUGACAGCCCUGCUGGGGUCCAUCUCUACCCCUCCUGCCGAAAACACAGCCCAUCGGUACCUUGGCUCCUUCUCGGGGCUUCCGUCCACCUACGCCAGCAUCCCAGACAGGAGACUAUCAAGCCCUCCAGCGUUCGGUGGCACCAAUCGGUCUGAAGAAAACGCCGCUUGGACCUCCACUCCCCGGCAUCCGGAAGGCAGGUGCCCCCAACACCUGGCCGGUCCUCCUCUUCCUCCUCUCGGCAUCUCCGGCCCCAAUGACGCCAACAAUGCCCCAGCUGCUGGGACGAGCACCGGCCUUCCGCAGAACCCGAACUCAGACCCCUGGUCCGGAAGCCAAGAGGAGACGGAUGGGCCGGAAUAUCUGGCCAUUGGGAAUCUCGGUCGGCCGAGUCGGGCCUGCGACAGUCCCGAAGAAUCCGGCCCGACCACCUUGAACAGCUCAGGGAGCAGCUCCUCCAAUCUGUUUUCGUCCAGUAGCUCUCAGAAGCCGGAGUCGGUUUCUUCCUGGGGGGAACUAGGAAGCAGCUGGAAGUCCUCGCUUUUACGGCGGUCCAGCUUCUCCGAGGGACAGACUUCGGUUCUCCAAGGGAAACCCAAACGGAGCCAUGUGCGUUCCCAGUCGGACACCAACGUGGCUUCUGCAAAAGCUCAUGGAGGGCGCAGAGACAUCAGCAUUAUAAUAGAAGAUCCUGUAGCAGAGUCCAAUGGAGACAUUUUGCAAUACAAGGGCAAUCUCUCCUGUCCGGUGCAGAAUCAAGAUGGAAGCACCCCCGGAUCAGUGUAUGUUGAAUAUGACACUGGACAGUAUUUGCAUCCGGGCGAAGGGAUGUUCCGGAGGCCCACAGAAGGCCAAUCCCUGAUCAGCUACCUGUCGGAGCAAGAUUUCGGCAGCUGUGCAGACUUGGAAAAGGAAAACGCUCACUUCAGCAUCUCCGAGUCGCUGAUUGCGGCGAUCGAGCUGAUGAAGUGCAACAUGACGAACCGUCAGAUAGAAGAGGAGGAGGAAGAAAGUGACAAGGUGAUACAAGACCUCAAGCAGAAGAUCCGCAUCCGCCGGCAACAGAUUCGGACCCGCUACCUCCACCCGGUGUGCCAGGACGUGGGCUCUGACAGUCUGAAAGCAACCGACAGUGGAUCGUACUUCAGCUCCCAAGACUCAACCUGUCCCUCCGACUCGGGAUCUGCGGAAGAGGUGGAUGAGUAUGAGAUCCGAGAUGGAAACGAAGGAUCCAACCUGAUUCACAUGUCCAACAGUGAACUGUCCGUCUCGAUGGCCUCAUUGUUUUCAGAUGCGGACAUCAAGAGGAACCGGCCUCCGAACAAAAAGUCCUUCCUUUCCUCUAGUUCCACGAGCUACCACACCUUCCUCAAUUCGAACUCGGCAGAAGCCGUAGCUAUGGGCUUGCUGAAGCAGUUUGAAGGAAUGCAACUGCCCGCAGCCUCUGAACUGGAGUGGCUGGUGCCGGAACACGACGCCCCGCAGAAGCUAUUGCCGAUUCCCGAUUCCGUGCCCAUCUCCCCGGACGACGGAGAACACGCUGAUAUUUACAAGCUCCGCAUCCGGGUGCGGGGGAACCUGGAGUGGGCCCCCCCACGCCCGCAGAUCAUCUUCAACAUCCACCCGGCACCGACGAGGAAGGCAGCAGUGGCCAAGCAGAACUACCGCUGUGCCGGCUGCGGGAUCAGGACAGAUUUUGAUUACAUCAAGCGGAUGCGCUACUGCGAGUACCUGGGCAAAUACUUCUGCCAGUGCUGCCACGAGAACGCCCAGAUGGUCAUCCCCAGCCGUAUCCUCCGCAAGUGGGACUUCGGCAAAUACUACGUCAGCAACUUCUCCAAGGACCUGCUGCACAAGAUCUGGAACGAUCCCCUCUUCAACAUGCAGGACGUCAACGCCGCCCUCUACCGUAAGGUCAAGCCGCUCAACCAAGUCAGGCUUCUGAGAAUCCAGCUGUACCACAUGAAGAACAUGUUCAAAACCUGUCGCUUAGCUAAAGGGCUUCUGGAUGCCUUUGAUGCGGUGCCGGGUCACCUGACCGAGGACCUUCACCUUUAUUCCUUAAAUGACCUGAGCGCCAUCAAGAAGGGGGACCUGGUUCCCCGCUUGACCGAGCUCCUCCGGGUGGGAGAACUGCACGUCGAGAAAUGCAUGCUGUGCCAAGCGAAGGGCUUCAUCUGUGAAUUCUGCCAGAAUGAGGACGACAUCCUGUUUCCCUUUGAACUGAGCAAAUGCAAAACGUGUGAAGAGUGCAGAGCUUGCUACCAUAAGGGCUGCUUCCAGUCAGGACCCUGCCCCAGAUGUGCCCGGCUUCAAGUGCGGCGGGAUCUCCUAGCCAAGCAAAGUCUGGAAGCCGAUCUCUCGGAUUACGAGCUGGAGGAGGACACGGUAGGAGCAGCCACGUGACGGCCGAGAAUCCGCAGGUCGCCGUCCGGCCUGUGCCCUCCGA